AUGACUAUACAAAAGUUGGGGUCAUUCAAGACUUUGAAAAGACCUUUGUUGGAAAUGGUCCCAAGAAACAAUCUAACAGCUACAAAUGAUUUUGUAAAAGAGUAUUUAAAUUCAACAAUGACCUCUACUAAACUAUCUACAAAUUUAGGAAAUGAAUUAAAAGACAUGGUAAAGAAUCAAAGAAUUAGUGUCAUUGAUUUAAUUGUAUCAUUUGCUCAAGAUUUGAAAAAAAAACAAAAGAUUGGUAGUGGAAGAUCAAACAAAGGUCUUUAUGAUAGCGAAAUUGAAAGAAUAAUGAAACCAUAUCAUAGAAAGGGAUUUGAAAGAGUAAUAGCAAGUGAUCAAUUAAAUUUAUUGGAACCAAAAGACAAGAUGUCAUUUAUUAUGAAUUUGGAUCCACACAACAAACCAGGAAGUCAUUGGGUUGCAGUAUACAUUGAUGCAGAUAAAGAUAAAUCUGUAGAAUAUUAUGAUUCAUUUGGCCAAGAACCAACAGAUGAUUUUAUGAAACAAUUAAAAGAUUUAAUUGAUGAAAUCAAUCCAGAUUAUUAUUUAAAUUUCAAGUUUGGUGUUGCUAUUGUUCCAGUGACUCGAGACCAUAACAUUCGUCCUCCUCAAUUUGGAAGAGGAUUAAAUACUUUUGAAUUGAUAGAAGAUGAUCAAUCAACUAUUAUUUCUAUUCCUGUUGGUAAUUAUUCAAGAAAAUCAUUACAAGACACAUUGGAAAAGCAAAUUGAAUGCAUUGUCAAACAAUGUAAGUAUGCAAUAGGUUGGCCGACAUCACAACAACCAAAUACUGGUUUUAAUAAAGAUUCAACAAAUAUUUUGGAAUCAACCAAUAUUUAUGGAGCAAUGGAGAUGAUGAUUCAAGAGGUUUAUUCUGCAGCUGGUAAUGCUGACUUUUCAAAUAUUCAUUGGCAAAACUAUGAUGUUGAAUCAUACAGCAAACAAUUGGUAUCAAAUACCAAAACAGGUUUUACCAUUUAUUUAACAGAUCAAGAUGGUAAUGAAAAGUAUAAUAUGGUAAUUAUCAGUAAAGUAUGGAUGGCAAUCGAAAAAAUUUUGAAAGAAGAUGGAUACAUUAGUGAUUUUGUUGCUCUUUUGAAUUUCAUGUUCAAAUUCAUACCUUUACUUGUAAUACUUUGUUUGCUUUGGAUGAGCAAAGCAAAGGUUUUGUGGUAUUUGUCCUUAAACAAAAGGAAUGAAUCUGCAAAUGGGGCAUUAGAUCCAUUAUUAAAUGCAACAAAACCAUUGGCUCGUUUGGUGCAAAAAUCUGCAAACACCCCUCAUUUAACUGACCUACAAUCAUUUGAAAAUCUAAAAGGUUGGCACUGUGAGACUCAAAGAUACUGUUGGGAGAUGGUAGAAGUGGUAAUCGUUGGUACAAAAAGAGAUUUGGUCGAUCAAAGAAAGGUCACAAGAGAACAAGCAAAUGAUUUUGCACUUGGUCUUGGUUGUUCUUACUUUGAAGUUGGUCAAGACGAUGAAUCUUGUAUCGAUAGAGUAUAUAGUAUAAUAGCAAGACAUUUAUAUGAAAAUAUGUACAAAGAUUUUGAAGAUAAUCGUCUAGAUUUAUUACCUUUACAUUUGGAUUCUAUUUCUUCUUCUUCUUCUUCUUCUUUAUCCACACGAGCAAACACAUCAACAACAACAACAACAACAACAAUCAAAGAUCAACUAUUUUAUUCCGUUUUUAGAUCAAAAUAUAUUCGAAACAAUAUAUUUAAACAGAUUCCAAUAAUACAUUCAGAUUUAAAUGUACAAGUUGCCCGAGGAAUAGGAAUGCCAAACAUUGAAUUUUGGUGUACCAAUCGAUAUUUCAAUGUUUUGAAAUACUAUAAAGAAAAGAGAUUGCCAAUAGAGAUUAACAAGUUUGCCAAGGUAUCACCUUUUCUUAGGAUGUCAGGCAAUUUGGAGUUGCUACAAUAUUGUUGA